AUGGAUCUCCUGUGGGCGCUGUCUGUGUCCAUGCUGACGGCGUGCGUCGCCAUCCCCAUGGAUGCGGCGGCCGGCAGCCACAGCCUGUUCACCUGUGAGCCCAUCACCCUGCGCAUGUGUCAGGGGCUGCCCUACAACUCCACCUUCAUGCCCAACAUGCUGAACCACUACGACCAGCAGACCGCCGCCCUCGCCAUGGAGCCCUUCCAUCCCAUGGUGAACCUGCAGUGCUCUCCAGAGCUCAGGAUGUUCCUCUGCGCCCUCUACGCCCCAGUGUGCACCGAGUAUGGCCGAAUGACUCUGCCCUGUCGCCGCCUCUGUCUGCAGGCCAAGAGCGACUGCUACAAACUAAUGGACAUGUUUGGUGUCAGCUGGCCAGAGGAGAUGGACUGCAACAGGUUCCCAGACUGUGAUGAGCCCUACCCCCGUCCUGUAGACCUCCUGUCCAGCUCAGACACGACCGAGUCGCCCAUCUCCGUCCAGAGAGACUACGGCUUCUGGUGCCCCCGUGAGCUCAAGAUCGACCCUGAGUUUGGUUAUUCCUUCAUGGGGGUUCGUGACUGCUCUCCUCCGUGUCCCAACAUGUACUUCACACGUGAAGAGCUGAUGUUCGCCCGCUACUUCAUCGGGGUGGUUUCCAUCGUCUGCCUGUCCGCCACCCUCUUCACCUUCCUGACUUUCCUCAUCGACGUGUCUCGAUUCCGCUACCCAGAGCGACCAAUUAUUUUUUAUGCCGUGUGCUACAUGAUGGUCUCUUUGGUGUUCUUCCUGGGAUUCCUGCUGGAGGACAGAGUUUCCUGUAAUGCAGCGAUUCCUGGGAGGUUCAGGGCUUCAACGGUGACUCAAGGCUCCCAUAAUAAGGCCUGCACUCUGCUCUUCAUGGUGCUGUACUUCUUCACCAUGGCUGGCAGUGUGUGGUGGGUUAUUCUGACCAUCACCUGGUUCCUGGCUGCUGUACCUAAGUGGGGCAGUGAAGCUAUAGAGAAGAAGGCCCUCCUCUUCCAUGCCUGUGCCUGGGGCGUCCCUGGCGUCCUCACCGUCACUCUGCUCGCCAUGAACAAGAUCGAAGGAGACAGUGUCAGCGGUGUUUGCUUUGUUGGUCUUUACAACCUGACAGCACUGCGUUGGUUUCUGCUGGCUCCACUGGGACUGGAUGUAGUGGUGGGUGUGGCGCUGCUGCUAGCAGGUAUUGCCGCUCUAAACAGAGUCCGCAUGGAGAUCCCACUGGAGAAGGAGAACCAGGAGAAACUGGUGAAGUUCAUGAUUCGUAUCGGCGUGUUCUCCGUGCUCUACCUGGUUCCUCUGCUGACCGUUCUGGCCUGUUACCUCUAUGAGAGCAGCUACAGAGCCGUCUGGGAGACAACGUGGGUCCAGGAAAAGUGUAGAGACUACCACAUCCCCUGCCCAUAUCAG